AUGUCAGCAUCAUCUGAAACAACCGUUACCUCAAACUCGUCAUCUGAAGUUACGAUCGGAAUGAACCAUGAUGAGGAAGAGAGAAGAUAUGGAUGUUUGGGUGGAAAUCGCUAUAUUGUUCUAGUCAUUGCUUUACUGUUUUUGUCGUUCAUGCUUUCAUCAAUUAUUUGCUAUAAUGCCUCCUAUGUGUCUAUGGUGAAUCUCCAUUCAUCUCCAUAUUGGGAAGAAUUUAUUAGUUCAAACAAGUCGAUUGAUGAAGUCAAUUGGAAUGAUCCCAAUCUUCCACUAUCAGAAAGAAGGUUCGCAUUCGACACCGCUCAGAAAAGUCUUGGAUUCGCAGCUGGAUUUCUUGGUGCGAUUGCUGCCGUUGUCCCAAUGUCACGACUAACAGCCAGAUUUGGUGUUCACAAAGUUAUGACAAUUAGUGGAGUCUUCGGAACAGUCUUGGUUAUUAUCACGCCUAUUGUGGUCUCCUGGAGUUUCCCAGUUUUCGUUAUCCUCCGUGCUCUUCAAGGAAUCACAUUGGCAAACUUAUUCACAACAGCCGGAGUCGUUGUGAACGAAUGGGCGGCUGUCAACGAAAAAGGACUAUUCAUUUCGGUUUUAUCAGCUCAUGUGGAAGUAGGUGCCGUGUUCACUAUGCCAGUUUCUGGAGCAUUGGCCACAAGUGCUGGAUGGCCGUGGGUGUUCUAUUUGCACGGUGCAAUUCUUGCAGCGCUCACUAUUCUAUGGGCAGUAUAUUAUAGAGACCGUGCAGUGAAACAUCCGUUUGUCCAAAGAAAGGAAUGGAGGAAAAUCAGUUUUGGAAAGAAACUUAAUCAAACAGGAAAAGGAUCUAAUGAGACUCCCAUUCGCAAAAUUGUGUCUUCCAUCGUUAUUUGGGGAGUUUGGAUUGCGGUUAUUGGAAACUUCCUCGUCUCCCAAUUUUCCAUUUCCUACGCACCAAUUUAUCUCCGUGGAGUGAUCGGUUGCUCACCCACUGAAGCUGGGCUUCUCACACUUAUCCCAAUGGCAUGCUUGCUCGUCAUUAAAUUCAGCACUGGAUUCUUCUCAGAUCGCAUAAAAUCCAUAUCAGAUCUCACUAAAAUGAAAAUGUUCAACUCGUGUGCUCUCCUUGGCUCAUCAAUCUUUUUUAUAGUUUUGGCAUGCUCUAGUCCUGGAGGAAGCAAAGUGCUGGAUGUCAUACUAUUAUCUAUUCCAAUGGCUCUUCUUGGUUUCUCAUCUGGCGGUUAUAGUAAAUGCGCAGUGAUGGUUUCUGGACAGUACUCACCAUUCGUCAUGUCAAUUGUACAGAUCAUCGCUUGCUCUUCCCUGAUGGCUGGAUCCUUCCUUGUACCAGCACUAACCCCAACUGACAGUUUCAGUGAAUGGCAAAGAGUAUUCAUGGUUUAUGGAGCCGUUUUAGCAAUUACCAAUACAAUUUUUAUAGUUUUCGCCAGAGCGGAACCUGCAAAAUGGUCUCAACAAAAAGGAGAUUUGACAUUGGCUGAGGCUGUUAUGGGAUCAGAGCAGAAACCAGUUGAAGCUGUUACUGAUCCUGAAAUGGGGGUUCAGAGGAUCUAA